AUGGAUGGGCAGCGACAUCACCUUGUGGGCAUCAGGGACUUCACGGAUGUGCCGGUGCUUUCCAAGGACGCCGCAGACCCUGAAAGCGAUCGCACCGUGCAGGCAUGUUCGCCUGUCGAUGGGCUGGAUUUUGACGAUGACUCGGCAUCCAUGGUCUCAGGUGUGGAAGAUGUGGUACGUCACAAGCAGGCUUUCCUUGAGAUAGACAUGGCUUCAAUGAGGGUGAUUGCAGCAUCUGCGCCGGUCGACGAGUCUGUCGGUCUGGAGUUGAGUGAGUUGUUCCCCGCUGCCCACACGAUUCACCUUCUGCAGCGCCUGCAGCAUGAGGCGAUUGCACUGGCGGGCAAGGGGGAGCCUCUGCGUGGCAACACUUUUAACUUCCAGGACUUGCCCGUAUGCUUCGGUGCGGGCAAAGCAGCCCAGAUCACAGGCAAUAUGCAAAUCCUGAAGACUAGCCAGGGUCCGAGCAAUGUGCUGCUUUUGUUCGACGAGCCGCGCUUCCACUCAACGAAGAGACGCCGCAGUAUCAGCCCAACAAAGUCCAAGACCGGGACUCCAGCACGCCCGCGCUCGGGCAGCGCGGGCACGUUCGGAGAUGAGCGUCCGCGGGAUGACUUCGUUGCCAUCGACAUAGAGCCAGAUUGCGAUGCCUCUGACUCCACCUUCAGCGACAUCAAGGAUAGGACAGACUUCUCCCGCUCUACAUCCAACUCCACCGGCACAAACGGCACGAAGGAUAUCUCCGAAUGCCCCGCCAGCGGAGUCAAGGUGACGAGCAAUCUGGCCCUUUGA